AUGAUUCACAAGCAGCAGCUUUCUAACGCUCAGAAAAUGUGGUAUCUCAAAGGUAGUUUAACAGGAGAAACAGAAGGUUUAGUCCGACACCUGUCAAUAACCAACGAGAAUUAUCAAACGACAUGGAAUUUGCUACAAAAACGAUAUCACAACAAAAGAAUUAUUGUAGCAACAAUCAUUCAAAGAAUUCUAAAUCAACCAAUAAUAUCAACCAAUCCUUCAGCGACAGAAAUAAGGACACUCCAUGAUGUUACUUUUGAAGGAUUGCUGGCACUGAAGAAUGUGGGACUCGAAACUGAUUCAUGGUCGCCGCUACUGCUUCAUAGUUUGCUCCUCAAACUAGAUAAGCAGACUCGCAUUUUGUAUGAACAGUCGCUGACUCAUCCAAGAGAGAUUCAGUCGAUUAAGGAGUUCAUGAUUUUCCUGGAAUCACGAUUCCAGUCCUUAGAGGCGAUUGGUCAUAGGGAGCCAUGCUCAGCAAAAACCCUUACCACAACUAUGGGAAAGGCAAAUAUAUCAACCUGUAAGAUCUGUAAUAAUGGAUCACAUCCGAUAUAUUAUUGCAAAACAUUCUUGCAAUCAACACCACAAGGUCGUAUCAAGACAGUACAAAAACUUAGACUGUGCUUGAACUGCUUACGUACAGGCCAUAGGGCAGCAGAAUGCAAAAGUUCCCGGUGCAACAAGUGCAGCAAGAACCACAAUUCGUUGUUGCACUUAUCAGAAUCUUCCAAGACAACACACAAAUCGAUCAAUGUCAAAUCAGAUUCAUUGGUUGAGAAACCUGGUCAUCAACCUUCUACUGUAAUCACAGCAUUAAUACAAAAUAAGGGAUACGUUCUCCUUAGUACAGUUAAUAUGAAAAUAGCUACGUUUGAUGGUGAUUUCAUUGAGUGCAGAGCAAUACUCGAUUCUGGAUCACAAAUAAACUUAAUCACAGAAAAACUGGCAAGAAAAUUAAAAUUGCAGUUACACUCAUCACCGUUAUGGAUAGAAGGAAUUGGUAGAAGCAAAAGGGACACAAAAUACAGUGUGACAACAAAAAUUCAAUCUCGAAUUAAUGAUUUCAAUGUAAAUAUCAACGCAUUCGUGAUGCCUCGAAUUAUCUCAGCCCAACCAACACAGUGUCUGGAUACUUCUGGUUGGUCAAUUCCUCAGAAUAUAAAAUUGGCUGAUCCAGACUUCGCGAAUCCAAAUCAAAUUGACUUAUUAAUUGGAGCAGAAUUCUAUCACAGCUUUUUAUCGAUUGGUCAAAUCAAAAUAGGUGAGGGUCUACCUGCACUUCAGAACACGGUUUUCGGAUAUGCAGUGGCAAACGAAGCUGACGACGAAGCAUUGGAUAAUAUACUUACUAAAUUCUGGCAAUUGGAGGAAAUCAAUCAAACGGAUGACAAAUUCACUGAUGCAGAAAAGAAAUGUGAAGAAUCUUUUGCUCAAAACACUCACCACAAUCAUGAAGGGCGAUUUGUCGUGAAAUUACCAUUUAAGGAGGAUACAACUGUUAUUGGUGAGUCCAUGCAGAUGUCGAUGAAUCGGUUUUUUAGUCUUGAACGUCGGCUGUUGAAGAAUUCUGAACUAAAGAAGAUGUACGUUGACUUCAUGCGAGAGUACGAACAUCUCGGCCACAUGGAAAAAAUUAAUCAGGAUGAUAUAAUGCAUCCACAUUACAAUUUGCCACAUCAUUGUGUAAUCAAGGCAGAUAGUACUACAACAAAGCUUCGAGUGGUGUUUGAUGCAUCUGCAAGAACAUCAACCGGAGUCUCACUCAAUGAUAUCAUGCAUAAUGGUCCAGUCGUGCAGAACGAACUCUCAUCCAUUUUACUGCGUUUCAGGAAACCACGCUUCGUUUUUACAACAGAUAUUGAAAAGAUGUAUCGGCAGAUACUAAUUGAUCCAAGAGAUGAAUAUCUUCAAAUCAUUAUCUGGCGAGAGUCAGCAGAAGAAAACUUGUGCUAUUACAAAUUAAAAACGGUAACGUAUGGCACAACAGCAGCGCCGUAUCUGGCAACUAAGUGUCUACAAACCCUGGCCAGAGAGCAUGCCGUUAAAUUUCCGCUUGGUUCCGCUACACUCAGCAAGGAUUUUUAUGUCGAUGACGGUUUAAGUGGCUCAGACAGUCUCAUGGAGGCAAUUGCAACAAAGGAUCAAUUUAUUAAAAUAUUGGCGACAGCUGGUUUCAAACCUCGCAAGUGGUGCGCAAAUAAUUCCCAAUUACUUCAAGGACUGGCUCCAGAAGAUCAAGAAGUGGAUCUCGAUGUCAGCAGUGAGUCACAUAAGACAGUAAAAACUUUAGGCCUUAUCUGGCUACCAAAAUCUGAUCAAUUUUCAAUAAAAACUAACGGACCUACACACAGCAAAAUAACAAAGAGGACCGUAAGUUCUGAAUUGGCGCACAUUUUUGAUCCACUUGGAUUAAUGGCUCCCGUAGUAGUGAAGGCGAAAAUAUUUGUUCAAAAACUGUGGCAGUUAAAACUUUCGUGGGAUGAAGCUCUGCCUGCUGAAAUGCAUACUCAAUGGACCCAUUUUCGUCAGAGCUUAUGUGAAGUAAAUAAUGUAAAGAUUCCACGACAUAUAUUUCAUCAUAAACAACCAAGGAAUACUCAGAUUCAUGUAUUUACUGAUGCCUCCGAAAGAGCCUAUGGAGCUGCCAUUUACAUCAGAGCCGAAAUGACUGAUCGAACUAUCUCAGUUCAGUUACUUUAUUCAAAAUCACACGUCGCUCCACUAAAAACGCAGACAAUACCAAGACUUGAGUUAUGUGCGGCUUUACUAGGAGCACAAUUGGUAGUAAAGGUAAAAAAGGAUUUGGAAUAUGAACAUCAUCCGAUAUAUAUGUGGACUGAUUCUGAGAUAACAUUGCAUUGGAUCAAUUCAGAACCAUCAACAUUCCAAACUUUCGUUGCUCAUCGUAUCAGUAAGAUUCAGCAAUUAACACUAAAGGAACAGUGGAGGCAAGUCAAUACUAAACAAAACCCAGCUGAUUUAUUAUCCAGAGGUGUAGAUCCAAUUUACAUUCAGAAGAAUGCAAUGUGGUUUUAUGGGCCACUUUUCCUUCAUGGAAAUCAAGAAUGCUGGCCCCAACCAUUCCGUCAGGAAUUGAUAACAUCCGACCAUAUACAAGCGGAUGUCAAAAGGAAGGUACAUGUGCUUACAAUUUCACAUGAUGAUGAACUAAUCAAAAUGAUUUAUACGAUAAGGCAUGGAAACUCAUUCAUAAGGUUGCAACGAAUUCUUGGCUAUGUGUUGAGAUUCAUCAAAGGGUUACGUAAUAAGAGCAAGCACAACGACAUCAAUUUGACACCAUUAGAACUGGAUGAGUCAUUACUCAUAAUUAUAAAAGCCAUACAGCUAAGUGAUUUCAAUGAAGAACGACAUCAACUCUUAAAGAAAAGGGAUCUGAAGGGAAGCAGGAGUCUCCACGGACUUUCUCCAUGCCAAACACCCCAUGCUGCUGCCAUAUAA